AUGAAACAAUUUGAUAUGAAGAAUGGUGGUGAGAUUGGGAAGUCUAACAGAAGGAUACUACUUCUAAUAUACGUACACGACAUGAUACUCACUGGAAGCAACUCAGAGUUGAUUGAUUGGUGUGUUCGAUCAGCAGCUUCGUUCAUGAAUUUGCCAUCAAGGACCUUGGCCAGCUCAACUACUUUUUGGGAGUUGAAGUGCAUAACACAGAUUUUGGGCUCGUCCUUUGUCAAUCCAACCCCUUACCUGGAUCCUACUUAUUAUCGGAGCAUUGUUGGAGCUUUACAAUAUCUUACAUUUACCAGACUAGAUAUUGCUUAUGCUGUUAAUUAUGUACGUGGCCCAAUUUAUGCAUUGUCCCACAUUGGGCACUAUCAAGCUGUUAAACGCAUCAUUCGUUAUGUGGGUGCGACCAUGCGCAUACUCCGCCACAGUUCUUUGGAUCUAUAUGCCUUUUCUGAUGCUGAUUGGGCAGGUUGUUUUAUUACACGAAGGUCCACAACUGGUUUUGUACGUUUUUAG